CAGAUUGUUCCAGAAGAACAUCAUUAGCUCUUUUCACGUUAAACCAAAGGCGAGCGUCCCUGUCGCCUCUGAGCUCCGUCUCUUCGACCCUGUACCCUGGACGUCUGAAGGACUGUCGCACAUAUAACAGAUUUCAGCAGUUUUCUUUGAACCUUAUUUUGGACGUUAAACGCUGCGGACGUUUUUUUGACGUCUCUGUCCUCACCGAAUUGUCAAAAUGUUGAGUUUCGCAAGAGGCGUUUCAAUUACUCUACCAACGAAGAGCUGCACCAACAAUGUUUCCUCAUUAAUCAAGAAGGCUUGCUGGAGAGGCUUCCAACCAGAUGCCCUCAGAGCCCUUUCCAGGAGAGACUAUGCGUCUGAAGCCAUUAAGGGUGCAGUCAUCGGCAUUGACCUGGGAACUACCAACUCAUGUGUUGCUGUCAUGGAGGGGAAGCAGGCCAAGGUGUUGGAGAACGCGGAGGGAGCCAGGACAACGCCAUCAGUCAUUGCCUUCACUGCAGAUGGGGAGCGUCUUGCGGGCAUGCCUGCUAAACGCCAGGCUGUUACCAACCCUCAGAACACUCUGUACGCCACCAAGAGACUAAUCGGCCGUCGCUUUGAUGACCCUGAGGUUCAGAAAGACAUGAAGAAUGUGCCAUACAAGAUUGUGCGGGCAUCUAACGGCGAUGCCUGGGUAGAGGCUCAUGGGAAAAUGUACUCGCCCAGCCAGGCUGGAGCCUUUGUUCUCAUUAAGAUGAAGGAGACUGCAGAGAACUACCUGGGAACCAAAGUAAAGAACGCUGUUGUCACUGUCCCAGCCUACUUCAACGAUUCUCAGAGACAGGCCACCAAAGAUGCUGGUCAGAUUUCUGGCCUGAACGUUCUGCGUGUCAUCAAUGAGCCAACUGCAGCUGCUCUGGCCUAUGGCCUGGACAAAACCCAGGACAAAAUCAUUGCUGUAUAUGACCUUGGUGGAGGUACUUUUGAUAUCUCAGUUCUGGAAAUCCAGAAAGGAGUUUUUGAGGUGAAGUCCACCAACGGUGACACCUUCCUGGGAGGAGAGGACUUUGAUCAGCACCUCCUCCAACACAUUGUCAAGGAGUUCAAGAGAGAGACUGGUGUGGACCUGAUGAAGGACAACAUGGCUCUCCAGAGAGUCCGAGAGGCAGCUGAGAAGGCCAAAUGUGAGCUGUCAUCUUCACUGCAGACUGACAUCAACCUUCCCUACCUGACCAUGGAUGCCUCUGGACCCAAACAUCUCAACAUAAAGCUGACCCGCUCACAGUUUGAGGGUAUUGUGGCUGACCUGAUCCGCCGCACCAUAGCUCCCUGUCAGAAGGCCAUGCAGGAUGCAGAAGUGUCCAAGGGAGACAUUGGAGAAGUGCUGCUGGUUGGGGGUAUGACCCGCAUGCCCAAGGUUCAGCAGACUGUUCAGGACCUGUUUGGCCGUGCUCCCAGUAAAUCUGUCAACCCUGAUGAAGCUGUUGCCAUAGGAGCAGCUAUUCAGGGUGGCGUCUUGGCCGGUGAUGUCACUGAUGUGCUCCUUUUGGAUGUGACGCCACUAUCCUUGGGUAUUGAGACUCUGGGCGGAGUCUUUACCAAACUCAUCAACAGAAACACCACAAUACCCACCAAAAAGAGUCAGGUGUUCUCCACAGCAGCUGAUGGACAGACUCAGGUGGAGAUCAAAGUGUGUCAGGGAGAGAGAGAGAUGGCAACAGACAACAAGGUGCUGGGUCAGUUCACUCUGGUGGGAAUCCCCCCCGCCCCACGUGGAGUUCCCCAGAUUGAGGUCACCUUCGAUAUUGAUGCCAAUGGUAUUGUCCACGUCUCCGCCAAGGACAAGGGCACUGGCCGUGAACAACAGAUUGUGAUCCAGUCAUCAGGAGGACUCAAUAAAGAUGAUAUUGAGAAUAUGAUCAAGAAUGCUGAGAAGUAUGCAGAGGAAGACAGGAGGAGGAAGGACCGAGUGGAAGCCGUCAACAUGGCCGAGGGAAUCGUCCACGACACGGAAUCAAAGAUGGAGGAGUUCAAGGACCAGCUUCCUGCUGAUGAGUGCAUCAAACUGAAGGAGGAGAUAUCUAAGGUCAGAAAUCUCCUGGCCAACAAAGACUCGGAAACAGGAGAGAACAUCAAACAGGCAGCCACCAGCCUGCAGCAGGCAUCGCUCAAACUCUUCGAAAUGGCCUACAAGAAGAUGGCAGCAGAGCGAGACGGCAGCAGCAGCGGCAGCAGCAGCUCAAACUCGUCGGAGGGAGAGAAGAAAGAAGGCCAGCAGUAGAGGGAUCCACUCCGUUGUCUCAUGGUUUCCAUGACAACAGAGGACUGUUGGGUUCCGGGGUGGGCUGGGUGGGUAAGGUGGAAUCUGGAGCAACCAGGUGAAUCAUAUUCAUUGUCAUCGUGCUGUAUACCUGCCACAUGGUGUGUGUGUACAUGUCGGGAGAAGGAGGAGGAGUUGACAGAGGUGGUCUUUGUUUUUUUUCUUGGGUACAAUGGUUAUAUUAUUGGAAAAUUAAAGAAUUAAAUAAGCAAUGUUUUUCUAAUAAAAUCUCGAAUGUGA